AUGGUGAGCCGCCGCCGGACCCCGCCGCACCAUGUCCCCGCCGGCCCCGAGAGGAUGUUCGAGGGCUGCCGGCGGGCGAGGAGCCUCUGGGGCGGUGUCAGGCUGGAGGUGGCCGGAGAGAGCAGCCCCGUGGUGCUGCACAGCUUCACGCAGCUCGACCCCGACCUGCCGCCUCUGGAGAGCUCCACACAGGAGAUCGGAGAAGAGCUGGAGGAUGGUGUGAUCUACAGCAUAUCCCUCCGGAAAGUGCAGCUCCAUCACACGGCCAACAAAGGGCAGCGCUGGCUGGGGUUUGAGAACGAGUCAGCCUUAAACCUCUACGAGACAUGUAAGGUGCGGACGAUAAAAGCUGGGACCUUGGAGAAGCUGGUGGAGUACCUGGUCUCAGCCUUCAAGGGCAAUGAUUCCACCUAUGUCACCAUCUUCCUGUGCACUUACCGGGCCUUCGCCACCACCAAGCAAGUGCUGGACUUGCUGCUCAACAGGUAUGGCAAACUCCACGUGCAGGCGAACGGGGACCACGCCAGGCACACUGUGGACGAGAGGAUGGAGCUGAAGAACACCAUCUCCUCCAUCCUGGGGGCCUGGCUGGACCAGUACUCAGAGGAUUUCCGCAAGCCCCCCGACUUCUCCUGCCUCAAGCAGCUCAUCUCCUACGUGCGCCACAACAUCCCCGGCUCCGACCUGGAGCGCCGAGCCCGCAUCCUGCUGGCCCAGUUCCAGCAGCAAGAGCAGAGCGAGGCUGAGGCAGAAGCUGUGGACCACGGCAGCUGCACAUUCCAGCUGGUGGAAGAGAACGGGGUCGGGGAUGGGAAGCCAGAUUUCCUCUCCUUCUCCCCAGAGAUGGUGGCAGAACAGUUCACACUGAUGGAUGCUGAGCUGUUCAAGAAAGUGGUGCCUUACCACUGCCUGGGCUGCAUCUGGUCCCAGAGGGACAAGAAGGGCAAAGAGCACCUGGCCCCCACCAUCCGUGCCACGGUCUCCCAGUUCAACAGUGUGGCCAACUGUGUCAUCUCCACUUGUCUCGGGGACAGGUCCCUGAAGCCACAGCAGAGGGCCAAGGUGGUGGAGCGGUGGAUUGAAGUGGCUCGGGAGUGCCGCAUCCUGAAGAACUUCUCCUCCCUCCGAGCCAUCCUCUCUGCCCUGCAGUGCAAUGCUGUGCACCGGCUGAAGAAGACCUGGGACGAGGUCCUGAGGGAGAGCUUCCGCACAUUCCAUGAGCUCUCAGAGAUCUUCUCAGAUGAGAACAACCACUCACUGAGCCGGGAGCUCCUCAUCAAGGAGGGCACAUCCAAAUUUGCCACCUUGGAGAUCAACCCAAAGAGGGCUCAGAAGCGGCAGCAGCAGCAGCGAGAGAUGGGUGUGAUGCAGGGCACUAUUCCCUACCUUGGCACCUUCCUCACGGACCUGGUGAUGCUGGACACAGCCAUGAAGGAUUUCCUGGAUGGAGGGCUGAUCAACUUUGAGAAGAGAAGGAAGGAGUUUGAAGUCAUCGCUCAGAUCAAGCUGCUUCAGUCAGCCUGCAACAACUACAGCUUCACACAGGAGGACCAGUUUGUGGAGUGGUUCCACAGCCUGGAGCGGCUCAGUGAGGCCGAGAGCUAUGGGCUGUCAUGUGAGAUUGAGCCACUGUCAGAGUCAGCCAGCAACACGUUGAAGGCCAAGAAAAACACUGGCAUCAUUAAGAGAUGGAGCGACCGGCAGCCACCAAGCACCGAGCCCUGUGCCAGCGGCAGCUCCCACUCGAAAUCCUUCGACCAGCUCAAGUGUGGGCAGUACCUGUGCAGUGGGGACGCCACCGACUCGGUGAGCGUCACCUCCGCCGGCUCCAGCAGCUCCGACGUGGAGGAGAUCAACAUCAGCUUCAUCCCCGAGUCCCCCGACUGCCAGGAGAAGAAGGUCAGUGAGAUCCCUCUGGCCUCCCUCCCCCAGCGCUGGUACGCCCCGUCUGUGGCCGACGGAGAAGCUAAACCCACUGUGUCCUCCGCAUCCCCUCUCCUCCCUGCCCUCCAGUUCUGGGAAUCCACCUCCCUCUCUUCCCUGGACACGUCAGGCAUCGGCUCAGGCUCCAGCAGUGCCUCCUCCUCUUCUGUCUCCUCCACGCCGGUGACGGCCUCCCGCACACACAAGCGCUCGGUCUCCGGCAUCUCCAGCUACUCCUCACUCUCGCUGCCCCUCUACAACCAGCAGGUCGACGACUGUUGCAUCAUCCGAGUCAGCCUGGCUGUGGACAACGGCAACAUGUACAAGAGCAUCCUGGUGACGAGCCAGGACAAGACCCCCGUGGUUAUUCGCAAGGCCAUGGCCAAACACAACCUGGAUGGGGACCGGCCUGAAGACUAUGAGCUUGUCCAGAUCAUCUCGGAGGAGAGAGAGCUGAAGAUCCCUGACAAUGCCAAUGUCUUCUACGCCAUGAACUCCGCUGCCAACUACGACUUUGUGCUCAAGAAGCGGGGCUUCUCCAAGGGGGUGAAGAUCAAGCAUGGCUCCAGCUCCACCCUGCCCAGGAUGAAGCAGAAAGGCCUGAAGAUCGCCAAGGGCAUCUUCUAGCCUCAGCCCCACUGCCACCCAUCACCGACGGGGCCUUGGGGGCAGCUGCUCCGGGCUUGGCUGUGACGGGUCCUUGUGCCACCCUGCACAGCAGAGGAGUGACCCUCACCCAUGGGCACUGGCCAUGCACCUCCCUUCCACACCCAGAGCUGAGUUGGGCAACUGGUGUCGGCCUCUGCCUCUCUCUGCACAAGCCCCUGUUUCAAUCAGGUCUUUUUUUUUUUUUUUUUUUUUUUUUUUUCUACACAGGAAGGCAGCAGUGGGGGGGGGAUUUGUCUAUGUUUUGUUUUGUUUGGUUUUGUUUUUUAACCUUCCACGGUGCGACACUCGUCCAGCCCGGCCAGCCCAGAGCUGGAGCCCACCUCUGCCGUAGGUGCCUUGUGUGUGAGCGAGCCGGGGAGCGGUGACUCGCAGAGGGGCUGUGUGACAGAGCAGAGUAGGAGCCACCACCACCCUGGAAGGGGCUGUCAGGCCUCCUUCCCAGCUUUCCCGGCGUUACCUCCGCAUUUGUCCUCCCUGGGAUCGCUGGCGUUGCCACCACCGCACAGCUCUGCCUGUCCUUCCCUUGGGAGAAGCCACGGAUGCCCUGGGCUGGGAGGUGAGCUGGAAGGAAGGAUGCAGCCCUGCACCAGUGCUAAGCCCCGUGGAGGAGGCUGUGGCCAUGCCAUCAUGGAGUGGGGGCCUCGUGCUCUCCCCAGCUCGUGGUCUCGCUCCUCUCCCGAUCCAGUGCAUCCUCCAGCUGGACUGGGCAGGCCCACGUUCAAACUUGCACCAAAGAUCAAAUGCCAGUGUCUCUUCUGCCGAGGGGGAGCUUUGGGCCAUGCCCCCAGCGCUGCCAGCCUGAGGAGCAGGAAGAGGAGAGCAAAGUUGUGUCUGAAACUGUGUAAAUAGAGACUUCGGGUCUGCGUGGGCAUGCAAGGGGCUGGAGAGCUCAGGGUUCUCCAGCUGCCCCAGCUGCCACUGCCUGACCCACAGAAAGUGCCACUCACCUUGGGCUUUAACCAGACUUUUUCAAACACUGACCAUGGGAGAAGCAGCAAUGAGACUUCUUUUGUAUAAAACAAAAAAGUUUACUGAUUUUUUUUUUUCAGUAUUUAUUGGUUGUAAAUAGAAGAGGCAAACUUGUACAUUUUACUAAUCCAGCCUCCCCCUGCCCUGCAGCCCAGUCCCUGUCCUGUGCUCCCCUGGUAUUUAAGGCUGCUGGGAGGGACGCUGGCAGCAGCAGCAGAAGCAGCAGCAUUGCUCUGCUGUGCUCAUGGGGUGGAGACCCUGCCAGCCUCCCCCUCCCAAAUUCUCUACCACUAAUUGGGGGCAGUAAUGCUUGUUUUAAUCAUUGUAGGAAACACUAACCAAAGCGGGACCUUUUGUUGCUCCUGCCUCCAUCUCUGUUUUUAAAGCACUUCAUUCCAGCAGAUCUUUUCUGUUUCCCAUCUGUCAGACUUCCCAGGUGCUUGUGGUGCCUUCCCUGGUUCCAGGACAGGGACCACACUCCAGGGGCUGGGGCUUGUGGCAGAGUUUGGGCCUGGUGGGGAAGAGGCUGCUUGGGUGUGAGUGUGGCUGGCACGGAGCUCCUCCAGCCCCGCUGCCCAUGAUGCACAUGAUGGGAGCUCCUGGCUCCCUGACGCAGGGGCAGCCUCCUGCUGUCCCCCCUGCCCCAAAGCCCCUUCCCCUGGGCACCAGCACCCCUGGGAGGGUGUUCCUUCUGCUCUGUGCCUGCCUGCUCUGGGACUGACUGGCUGUACCGUAUGUAUUUUGUACCACUUCAAUGAAGGAGCACACUGCCCAGUGUGACUUGUACACAGCAAUGUAAUUAGUCUUUGCAAUAAAAUACUGAUGCUCAAACA